AUGGUCUUGCUCUGGGCCACAGACGCUAUCUCCGUCGGCUCCCUGUUCGAUGUCUAUGUGGCAGAUGUGGCCCAGAGCACCGGCUACGCGCAUCCGAACGAGUUUAUCGGCUUUCUCGAGUCGGUACGCGGCUUAACGGCCUUUGCAGCGGCGUUUCCGCUUGGCUACUUCUCCGAUCGCUUUGAUCGCUUGGCCGUCCUUCGCAGUUGCGGCUUUGUCUUCGGCUUGACCGGGGCCGUAGUGCUUUCGGUCGCCCUUCUUUUGGGACGCUUGGGCUGGCUGGCCGUGGGCCUUGCACUCUACGCCAUUUUCUUCCAGGCCGCGAGCGGCAGCUUGGAUGCUGUUCUUGCAGAUAUCGUUCCCGCAGGACCGGCUCGCACGGCGGCCUACGCAAGGUCAAGAACUCUCAUGACAUCUGCGAGGGCCAUGGGCCCUUUCCUUCAGGCAGUGCUCCUCUCCCUUUUCGGUCGAGAGCUGGGAGGCAAGGCACUCGGUAGACUUCUUGCUGGUGGCUACUUGGGCUUGGUGUGCUUCCUCGUCCUUUUGUGGCCCCUGCACAGCUCCGGCAGUGCCAGUGCCGCGGGUGCCGCCGCGCCAUUGGCCUCGUCGGAGAUUGGCGAUCGGCAGUGCGAGAAGGUCCUCGGUGUGCCAAAGUACUUGCUAAUACCAGGCCUCAUCGCAGCUUUCAACAUCACCUUCAUGCUUGGAGGAGGUAUCACUCUCAAGUUCUACCCGCUCUUUUACCAUCGCGAAUACGGGCUCUCCGACGUGGAAAUCUGUUGGAUCAUGGCAGGAUAUUGGCUGGCGACGGCUGUUGGAACGAAGGUGGUCGGACUUUUGACUCGUUGCCGAAGAGCUGUUGCGGUGCUGACGCUGCACCUUAUGGGUGUUGCCCUUCUGUUUCUCUUCAUUCUCACCCGCCCUUUGUCUUGGAGCCUCGUGAGUUUUGAGCUCCGCCCGGUCUCCAUGAAUGCGCACUUCGCGCUGAACACCGCCCUUACCAUGGACUACGCGCUGCCAAAGCACCGAGGCCGUUGGGCCGCGGUUAGCAGCCUGAACCGUGCCACGUGGGCCGGCUCGGCCGCCGUGGGCGGCGUGCUCGUCGACCAGCUCGGCUUCCGAGCCAGCUUCGCUGUCACGGGUUGCAUCAUGCUGGUCGCUGCUGCGAUCUACUCCCCAAUGCUGGGACUUGCGCGGCACAUUUGA